AAAAUGCAUUAAUUUCAUCGUUUAUGUGGAAAGGUCGAUCGUGGUGUGUGUGUGUGUGUGUUGAAUUCACCGACUCGGAAGCACUUGUAGAACAAGUAGAGGAAGAACAGUCCCUUGAAUACCGUUUAAAACAAUGUUAGGGGGGUUUGAAAGUACAGAACAAGCCAAAAUUGGUGUAGGAACCACACUUACCAGUUCUAUUGACAAAACUUGUGAAGCGAAGAGUUUGGGAGGGCCCCUUGAGAGGUCAUCUGAAGAUAGAAAGGAUAGAGCAGGAAGCAGUACCACUCACCAAGAGGAAGUUGUUCCGUCCAAUACCAUCAUAGUGAGGGAAAUUCCAAACCCUGUAGAUAGUAAAAGUUUGAAACAGUUUUUCACCAACAGCUUUGGACCUGUGCGGGAUGUGAGGAUUCCUCAGUCACAGUUCUCAACUCGUUCAAAAAGCUAUGGUUUUGUCGAGUUUGUAAGAGUGGAAACAGCAGAAAAGGUGGUCAACAAAGCAGCUUCUGAUAGCGUCAUAUAUCAAGGUAGCAAGUUGGAGAUAAUGUUUGCUUCGGAUGGAGUGGAAAAGAAAGGAUGGGAUUGUUUAUCCUGUGGAUAUUUCAAUUUCUCAAGAAGAAGGAUAUGCAAACAGUGUGGAGCAAAGAAAGAAAUCAAUGAUAUUCUUGGUUCUUCACAGAACAAGUUUGUAGCUGGAGAUGCAGUUUUGGCUGCACAGUGGACUGCGUCAUCACAAGGAUUGAUGGGUCAAUCUCUUUAUGCAAACUAUUGUAUGGACCCAAAGAGUGGUUGGUACUAUGAUCCACAGACUUUGUAUUAUGUGGUUGAUCCGGUCAACCUUGUUUUUUAUGACUGGUCAAGACAAAAUUAUCUUCAGUAUAAUUCAGCUACGGGAACUUAUAUUGAAUUAGCAAGCACUAGUGCAAACCCAUGGAAUCCAAGUAAGGGUGAGGUUGUAUCCACAUCGUAUCAUAAUGAUAAUAAUAAUAAUAAUAAUAAUAAUAUACAAACGGAGCCUACCCAUGUUUUGGAACAAGUUACACAAGCAGUGUCUGAGGUUGCUAGUGUCAAGUCCGAUGCAACAACGAAUAGUUCUGAACAAGUGAGCUUGCAAGAUGAGAGACAAGUAAGCGAGCCACAAAUGCCAAGUCAAAAGGGACAAGCUGCUGUUACUCGAAUGAAACCUCGAGGUAGAAUUCUUUCUAAUAUUCAGCGAUGGAAUCAAAGACGUAAAGAACGUCAACAAAUUUUGGAGGAGUUUGAAGAAAGUGACAAAGAAAGACAAGAAAUGAAAGAAGAUGGAGAUGUUAAAGAAGAAGUUUCACAGUCAGGUGAUGAUAACUUUCCUAUUACACAUCAGACAGAGGUGGACAAAGCAUUUGAGAAAAAGGUGGAUGAUAGUGCAGAGAAAGUAUCCAAUUGUCCAAAGAUGAUAGCUGAUGGGACGGAACAAGUCUUUAUUUGUGAACUUUGUAGACGCAAGUUCAAGUCUAACGAUAUUUUGGAAAAGCAUAUACAGUUUUCAGAACUACAUCGAACCAACUUGCAGAACUCGAUGUAUCGCGAUCGUGCAGCAGAAAGAAGACAACUACAUCCUCCAGAGGAUAUGGAUGACAGUCUUCCAAAAAAAGGUAUGCAUCCAAAGAAAAGAUCGUUUUCAUCCAAAAAGGCUUCGUCAUCUUUGGAUAUUGAAAACAAUAUUGGAGCCAAGUUGAUGAAGUCCAUGGGUUGGAAAGAAGGUCAAGGUCUCGGAAGAGAAGGCAGUGGUAUUACAGCUCCUAUUAGUGCUAUAGCCAAUCGUGGUCAAAGUGGUCUAGGUUCAGAACCUCUCAAUGAUCCUGAACUGCGUAUCAAUCCAACCGACUCUCAAAAGGAACGUCUAAGGAAGGAAACUAUGCUUCGUUGGAAGAUGAAAUUUGGAAAAGUUUCCAACGAAUUGUAGUGCUGAGAUGUAGAACAAAGCAAGAAAAACCUUAUCGAUACUUUUGGUUCCAUAAAGGGACUUGUUAGAAUUGUGCCCACUCAGUAACUUUAUAUAGCAAACAACAUGUUGGUGGAAGUGUUGCUCUGUUGGAAAUAAUCAUUUUUACUAUUUAACGAACAAUAGAAUUACUCAUACAAGUUUAUUUUCAAUUGCAGUUAGCAACUGUUCCAGUUCGUUGCUCCAUUUGGAAACUG